AGCUGAGCCAAAACCACUCCUCUUUCUACUACAUUUCUUCUUCUUCUUCUUCUUCAAAUCUGCAAUGGAGACUGGUGUCACGUGCUACGCACGUGGGGCUUUCCUCCCCACCAGUGUCUCCUCUCAGCACUCCACUGCACUAGUUUCUCCACCUUCCAUCUCUCCUUCCUUCAGCUCCAAGAGCCUGAGAUCAAGCUCGCUGUUCGGGGAGUCGUUGCGGGUGGUGCCCAGAUCUUCACUCAAGGUUUCAAGGACGAAGAACUCUUCCCUUGUAACCAGAUGCGAGGUCGGUGAUAGCCUGGAAGAGUUCCUUACAAAGGCAACGCCAGAUAAGGGACUGAUCAGGCUAAUGAUGUGCAUGGGAGAAGCUUUGAGGACCAUUGCCUUCAAAGUGAGAACAGCUUCUUGUGGAGGAACUGCUUGUGUUAACUCUUUUGGUGAUGAGCAGCUCGCUGUGGACAUGGUUGCCAACCAGCUCCUAUUUGAGGCCUUGAAUUACUCGCACUUCUGCAAAUACGCUUGCUCUGAAGAAGUUCCUGAACUCCAAGACAUGGGAGGCCCAGUUGAAGGAGGAUUUAGUGUUGCUUUUGAUCCACUUGAUGGCUCCAGUAUAGUGGACACAAAUUUCACAGUGGGCACCAUCUUUGGGGUGUGGCCAGGAGAUAAGUUAACUGGGGUAACAGGAAGAGACCAAGUUGCAGCAGCAAUGGGGAUUUAUGGUCCUCGAACUACAUAUGUUCUUGCCCUUAAAGACAUCCCUGGAACCCAUGAGUUCCUCCUCCUUGAUGAAGGGAAAUGGCAACAUGUAAAAGAUACAACAGAAAUUGGUGAAGGAAAGCUCUUCUCCCCCGGAAAUUUAAGGGCCACUUUUGACAACCCUGACUAUGAUAAGCUGAUCAACUACUAUGUAAGAGAAAAGUACACUUUGAGAUACACUGGAGGAAUGGUGCCAGAUGUUAACCAGAUCAUUGUAAAAGAGAAAGGUAUCUUCACAAAUGUGAUAUCCCCAUCUUCCAAAGCCAAGCUGAGACUGUUGUUUGAGGUGGCUCCUUUGGGCUUCUUGAUUGAGAAAGCUGGAGGCUUCAGUAGUGAUGGCACUCAAUCUGUGUUGGACAAGGUGAUCAAUAAUCUUGAUGAGAGAACUCAAGUUGCUUAUGGGUCCAAGAAUGAGAUUAUCAGGUUUGAAGAAACACUAUAUGGGUCAUCCAGGCUCAAGGCAGGCGUGCCUGUUGGAGCUGCUGUCUAAUCCACAUAUCCCCUCUGCUUUCAUGCCUCUAUUUUUGUAUCUUUGGAACAAAAUUCAAGCUAUUUUCUUAUACGGUUUGUAUGAUAUAGUGCAUGAAAUAUUCAAGUUAUUUACCCCUGGAAUUAAAAUGUUGAAUUUGUAUUAAGAUGAAUGGAUGAUCAAGCAGGAAUAUUGGCCAGUCUUAUUUUCUGAAAUA